AGCGCUGUGUUAAGACCAACUCGCCUUGCGGCAGUGAAAUCUCCCUCCACUCUGCCAAGUCCGCCGCCUCGGCCAAGUCCAGCGCCUCGGCCAAGUCCAACCAGUCUGCUAAGUCUAACGCUUCGACCAGGUCCAACCUGUCGGCCAAGUCCGCCGCCUCGGCCAAGUCCAGUGCCUCGACCAAGUCCAAUGGCUCGGCCAACUCCGACUCCUCGGCCAAAUCGACCAGAUCCAAGGAGCCGGCCAAGACGGUGCGUAGGUCUCCCAGCGGGUCCUUGGCCUCGUCCAAGCAGUCCCUGAAGAGUACCACGCCCAAGACCACCAAGGCUAAGUCCCCUGUGCCUACCCACGGUGCCCACACGCCCCCACGACGACGCAGUACUGUGUCCAACGGGUCGUCCGCCUCUAGUGCCGAGACCACACUGUAUAACGGGAUGGCAAACAUUGAGCUGCAUAACUCCUCCUCCUCAUCCCGGCGGACAACCCCCCCUCGGCAGACGCCCCCCUGGCAGAACCCCUCCCGUAACUCUGGCUGUGGCACCCCAACUGGAGCCAACACUCCUCGGCACAUGUCGGCUAAAAAGUCUCUUCCGGUGUUUAACUCCUACAUGAGUCUUUUCCAAGUGCAGGAGAAGCUUAAGAAAGGAGAAGUUAUUGAGGGUGUGUUGAGAAUCAACCCCAAGAACUAUGAAGAUGCGUAUAUCAGCGCGCCGGACGGGGGGAUGGACAUCUAUAUUGGCGGGGUACUUGACCGAAACGCUGCCCUGCAAGGAGAUGUGGUCGCGGUGGAAAUUAACCCCCUCGACCAGUGGAAGGUGCUGUAUGAUAUAUUAGAUGAAUACCUAGAUGAUCAUGGAGAAGAAAAGAAUAUUGUAUAUACAUCGCUGGAGUCCACUAUAACUGCUUCAGUCGCCAACACUGCUUCUUCGUAUAAUAAUCCUUUAUCUAUUAACACUAACGUCGGGCAUAGCGGCAAGAAGAAAGAGAAAGGUGAUGGAACUAAUACACAAACUGUGGUAAAGGUUGAAGGUGGUCAUCUUGAACAGUGUGAGAGUGAUGUGGUGGUGGAGGAGGAGGAGGAGGAAGACUUGGAGCCAAAAGACAGUACAGAAGGGAUUAAAGAAAAGAAUAAAAUCAGGAAGAAAAGAAGGGGAGGACGGGGGAAGAAAGGAAGGAGGAAACUGGAUGGUGGUGAAUUUGGUGCUAAAACUUGGUUGGACGCGCACGAAACACGCACCCAAGUUAAGACGGCUGUACCGGCACUUCUCGACGUUGAAGAGGAACAGGAAUUGGCCUGUGACACUACAGAAUUGGUUAUACACUUGCAGGAGAAACCGGUCGAGGUCGCCGAUGAAAUUUUGCUCCUACCAACAAGGCAAGAUCUGAGCAGCUUUCACCAGUGCGAGUCUGAUGCCGACGACCACUCUGCGGUUGUCAUCGUCCCACCAGACCAACUCAGCGAGUGCGAGUUUACCGACGACGAGAGCGGAUGUAGUGAAAUUCUCGACUACGACAGGGCGCGUGAGGAUCAGAGUUUCAUCCAGGCUCAGUGGGAAGCGUUUCAAAAGGAACAAGAACAGGAGAAGAAACAGAGGGAGACAGAGCGGGGCGAUGGUCCGCCAGGGAUGGGAGCAGUGUCGGUUGUGACCGUAAAGUCUGAGCAAUUAGACCCUCGCCUUGGAACUGGUGAUGAUAAAAUCAAGAAAAUUACGGACCUUGAUAUGCUAGGAUUCCUGAAGGAGGGAUCUGAGUGUGUUGAUACAAAAUUUAGUGAUUCAAAUCCAGUAAAGGAGGGGGAGGAGGUGUUGAGUGCCAAUGUUGUAAAUAGUGUGAUUAAAGGUGACCAGAAUAUAAGUAAUUCUAGGGAAGGUGUUAAUAUAACUCUAAAGACAGAAUCCUUACAGGGUGAUGGGACAAACCUAAGUGAAAAGAAGAAGUUACCAACAACUAGGGAAGAUAAGCUUACCCCUACUGCUGAGAGUGAAGAUCAGGAGAUAGCUGUGGGGUUGGAACAAAUGAAACUAAAAAAUGAGUGUAAUUCAACUGUGCUUGAUUGUAAGCCAACUCAGUCAUGCGACUUUAAGAAAAGUUCUGUUGGCAGAAAGGGUAAAUCCUGUGUUUCAGAUCGACUUUUGUCAUCUUUACCUAAAGUUACAAGUCCAGGAAAAUCCACAAAUACCUCAGAAACUGGACCCAUUUCCAUCGUGUCACCAAACCCAGUACUAGGCAGGCAGAAUGAAGACUGUAGGGACUAUCCUGAACACAACUACGAUGUGAACUCUUACUGCGAGUCCCCAGAUAAAUACAACGACAAUCUUGGGAUACAACCAUGGAGUGGGAAGACAAAUCCUGAACCAACUUCUUAUAAUUCACACAACAAAAACUUAGUGGCAAAGAAACAAGAAGGUGCACAAGGAUUUAAACAGAAAUUUAAGUCAAGAAGUAUGACGGGUCAAUUAAGUGCAUCAAAAGACAGAAAGGAACCAACUGUGUUGCAAGUGCAGAGACUCAACAACUGGGACAAGUUUGUUCAGCGCACAGCCCACGUCGUCCACAUACUGGAGAGAAAACACACGCAGAUGAGUGCAGGAACGCUGAAGCUUUUUGGGGACAAGAACCCAAACUUUGCGUUCUUCAUGCCUACUGAUCACCGUGUUCCUCGCAUGAAGGUACCCAUGAGACAGUGUCCACCCGAUUUUUAUGCCAGACAUCAAGAUUACCAGCGGAGAAUAUUUUUGUGUAAGAUUGCUCAGUGGAGGGAGCCCAAAUUUGCAUUAGGGGAGCUGGUGCGUGACGUGGGUGCUGCUGGGGACGUGGAGGCAGAAACAGAAGCUAUGCUACUGGAACAUGGAAUUGAUUAUGCAGAAUUCCCAGACACGGUGUUACAAGACCUUCCAUCACUACCUUGGUCUAUCCCUCUGCAAGAGAUAAAAGCUCGUACAGACUUGAGGGAUGAGUGCAUCUUCACCAUCGACCCUUCAACUGCAAGGGAUCUUGAUGAUGCAGUGUCUUGUCUGCCGCUACCAUCGGGGAACUACCGAGUGGGAGUCCACAUUGCUGAUGUUAGCUACUUCAUACCCGAGGGAAGUCAGCUGGAUGAGAUUGCAUCCGAUCGUGCCACCAGUGUCUACCUCACACAAAAAGUGAUUCCCAUGUUACCAAGGGUCCUCUGUGAACAUCUAUGCUCGUUGAAUCCAGGAGAAGAUCGUCUGGCAUUUUCAGUUAUAUGGGAACUUCGUCCAAACGGUGAAGUGGUCGGCGAAUGGUUUGGCCGUACCGUUAUACGAUCGUGUCUAAAGUUGGCUUAUGAACAUGCACAGGGUAUGAUUGAAAAUCCAGAUAAAGAAUGGUCCAGUGAAGAGAUUCCAAAAAUUACUGGACCUUAUACUUGUCGUGAUAUAAGCAAGGUAGUCAAUAAUCUUCAGUCAAUUGCAGUAAAGCUUAGGAAAAAAAGGUUUCAGGAUGGUGCUUUACGACUUGAUCAGGUCAAAAUUGCCUUUAAUCUUGACGACGAAACCAAAGCGCCAAAUGGUUUUUAUGUAAAUGAGAUGAAGGACAGCAAUAGACUCAUAGAAGAGUUUAUGUUGCUUGCAAAUAUGGCUGUCGCUCACAAAAUUUUUAACAGUUGCCCAAAACUUGCUGUUUUGAGGCGUCAUCCUCCUCCAUUGGAGAACCCCAUGGAAUGGGCUGCUAAUAACCUUAGAGCAGUAAAUGUAUGUCUAGAUAUAUCUAGUGCUGGUGCACUUAACAAGUCAAUUGCACAAUAUGUUGGUAAUGAUAAAUACUCCAUUGGGAGACUUCAAGUUAUUACAUCAAUGUGCAGUAAACCCAUGCAAUUUGCACGAUACUUUUGUUCAGGAUAUUUAUCAGAGGAGCCUCUUUUCAAGCAUUAUGCACUCAAUGUGCCUCUCUACACUCACUUUACCUCUCCAAUUCGUCGGUAUGCGGACUUGAUGGUUCACCGCGUCCUUGCUGUAGCCGUGGACCCGGCCAGGUACAGCCCACCGGCGAGAGACUCGGGGACCAUUCACAGGAUAUCCGAACACUGUAAUGACAAAAAACAGUCGUCAAAGAUCUUACAAGAAUUAAGCAGUGAACUUUACUUAUCUCUGUUUAUUAGGCAAGUCAAGGACUUGGUAGAAGAGGGAAUGGUCACUAUGGUGUUGGAUCGUGCUUUUGAUGUACUCGUGCUAGAGUUGGGGAUCAUAAAGAGAGUGUACACUGAUAAGCUUCCUCUUGACUCCCUGCAGCACACAAAGGAAAGUGGAGUGGGAGCCUUGACUCUAACUUGGAAAGCUACAAAUGACAAAAUUCAAAUAAGGCAAGAGAUAAACCUCUUCAGUCUCGUGAGGGUCUCUCUCCAACCCUUGGAAAAUGACGCCCUCAAGUUUCAGGCCGUUCUUUUACGACCUUCUUAAUUAUUAAACCGUUGGGGUUUAUUUUUUAUCGAGCGUUCCGUCUGAACGGCGAUGAUUUUUGUUGUCCGUCCGUCAGUCUGGGUUUUUAUACACCCGUGGCGUCCAUAUUAUCCUGAAAUUGGUCAUUUGAGGAGAGGCUCUUAGUGUUGCUUGGAGCCCAAUUUUUUAUUUACAAUAUUGGAUAAUUUUUACAUCAAUCAAUGUAGGGUUUUACCAUUUGUCUUUUUCUUUUUAGCUUACUUAUAAAAUGAUCAGCAGGGAUAUUUUAAACUCUAGAAAGUGACACUUUAAUAAAUUUAAGUUUUUUAGUUGAGUUUUCCCUCCCUCAUGUACUAGUACCUGACAACAAUGUGGCUCAGAACACUUAUUAUACAUUUUGCAAGAUGGUUAUUGUUUGUAACAAGAGGUUUGAUGGCUAUAGGUUCUUCAAUCACCCUGUAUGGAUUACUGGUGUAAGCACAACGUAUGGUGUUCUGUUUUGACAGAGUUAGAUUGAUAAGAAAAGAAACUUAAGAAAUAUUUUACCAGUUAAGCAUCAUACUCUACAUGUAACUAUAACACCAUGACUUAUUUAGUGUUGAGACAAUAUGCUCUUGGCUUAGCCUAGCUCGAUCAGAAGGUACUUGUCUACCUCAGGUAAAUUGAGGAAUACAAUAUAUAUUUUGCAUUUAUCUCUUGUUAUUCAACCACAGUUUGCUAAAAUUACUGUGUUACAAUUGUUAUGAGGUGUGUGGAUAUAUAAUUUAUGGUAUUAGUUGAUAACUUUUUAAUUCCAUUGAAGGAAAGCUAUGAACAGUUUUGUAUGAAAUUUAUAGUGUCUUGCAUCUUUAAAUUUUGAAAAUCUUCUGGACUCUUGUGUUUAUGUAAAAACAAAAAUGUGAUAUUGCAACCUUUUUUAUUAAAUAAAAUGGUCAUAUCA